GAGAGAGAGCAGCCGCUACCUAUCCGACUACUCCUUAAGAAUGGAUAGCCAGAUUAAGUUUGCUGUGGUGGUAAAAAUUAUGGGACGGACCGGUUCCCGAGGUCAAGUGACUCAAGUACGAGUUAAGUUUUUGGACGAUCAGAACCGGUUCAUCAUGAGGAACGUGAAGGGACCAGUCCGUGAAGGAGAUAUUCUGACGUUGCUCGAGUCUGAGAGAGAAGCCAGGAGGCUUCGUUGAUCGGAUUUUUU